UUUAGAACGCGAAGACACACACUCAUCGCCUUUCCAACAAAACAGUUCGGGGUUCGGUCUUGUGCAUCCGUGUUAUCCGCGAAAGGAUUCGAUUUCAUCAUCCACUCGGUAGUGAAUCAGUGUGCAUUGUGCAGUUUCCCUAACCCGUCAAUAUGGUUCUGGAUUUGGAUUUGUUCCGCAGCGACAAGGGCCACGAUCCGGCCAAAGUCCGAGCGAACCAGGAGCUGCGCUUCAAGGAUGUGGGCCUGGUGGACACGGUCAUCGAACAGGAUGGCGAGUGGCGCAAGUGUCGCUUCAAUGCGGACAAUUUCAACAAGCUGAAAAACCUGUGCAGCAAGGAGAUUGGCGAGAAAAUGAAGAAGAAAGAACCGCAGGGGGCGGAGGACGAGCCGGUGCCUGAGGACGUUGCGAACGAUUUGCUCGGGUUGAAGGGCGAAGAUCUGAAGAAGCUGACGGUGAAUCAGAUCAAGAAGGUACGCGGAUUGAUCGACUCGGCGGUGGUUGAGAACGAAAAGAAGCUGAAUGAGGCCGAAGCGAAGCGGAAUUCGGCGCUGCGUGAGGUUGGAAAUCAUCUUCAUGAAAGUGUGCCGGUCAGCAAUGAUGAGGACGAAAACAAGGUAGAACGUACGUUCGGAGAUUGUGAGAAGAAGCUGAAGUACUCGCACGUCGAUUUGAUUGUGAUGAUUGACGGAAUGAAUGGCGAGAAGGGUGCCGUGGUGUCCGGUGGCCGAGGAUAUUUCCUAACCGGUCCGGCUGUGUUCUUGGAGCAGGCUCUGAUUCAGCACUCUUUGCAUAUCCUGUACGGCAAAGGGUACACUCCCCUUUACACGCCGUUCUUCAUGCGGAAGGAAGUCAUGCAGGAGGUGGCCCAGUUGUCACAGUUCGACGAAGAACUCUACAAAGUGGUUGGAAAGGGAAGCGAAAAGUCGGAGGAAGGUGUAACCGAUGAAAAAUACCUGAUCGCAACUUCGGAACAACCAAUUGCCGCCUACCAUCGAGACGAGUGGAUUCCGGAGGCGUCCCUACCGAUCAAGUAUGCCGGAUUGUCCACCUGCUUCCGCCAGGAGGUAGGAUCGCACGGACGCGACACCCGCGGCAUCUUCCGAGUGCACCAGUUCGAAAAGGUGGAACAAUUUGUACUGACUUCACCGCACGAUAACAAAUCGUGGGAAAUGAUGGACGAAAUGAUCGGCAAUGCGGAACACUUCUGCCAAACGUUGGGCAUUCCGUACCGGGUGGUCAACAUUGUGUCCGGUGCGCUGAAUCACGCUGCUUCGAAAAAGCUCGACUUGGAGGCUUGGUUUGCCGGUUCCGGUGCCUUCCGGGAGCUGGUGUCGUGCAGUAACUGUUUGGAUUAUCAGGCUAGGCGACUGCUGGUGCGUUACGGGCAAACCAAGAAGAUGAACGCUGCCGUGGAAUUCGUGCACAUGUUAAAUGCUACCAUGUGCGCCACGACACGAGUCAUUUGCGCCAUCCUGGAGACGCACCAAACGGAAACCGGUGUCAAGGUUCCGGAACCACUGAAGAAGUACAUGCCUGAGCAGUACCGUGACGAAAUCCCAUUUGUGAAACCGGCCCCAAUCGAUCUGGAAGUUGCCGCCGCCGCUGCCAAGAAAGAUAAAAAGGGAGGCAAAAAGGAAGGUGCUGCUGCAUAAUUAUACCUACAUCCAAACGCAUUAUCGAAUACAUAGUAAGGCAUAAUGAUUGGAAAAGCAUUUACGGAUGACAACAACACGUUUUGCAAAAUUGCAUUGAAUUUGCCCAGGUGCACCAGAUCGAAGCGAACAUGCAUUAAUGUAUCUCAAUUUCUAUUCACUGCAGAAUAAGAUGUACUUUUACGAUCCGUUAAUAAAGUCUAACUUGCAUGCUUAAGGCUGCUUACGAA